AUGACUUCAUUGAAUCGUUUAUCAGCAACGGAAGGCGCCGCGACGAGCAACAGCACGGUGAAUCCCUUGGGCGCUACUGCUACUACUACUACGACAACAACAGGCAAGAAGAAGUUUGGAAAGAACCUGAACAAGUUGACCAAGCCACCAGCUCCUCCGGCUGCUUCCGAAUCCUCCAAGGCGAAUGCUGCUUCUAGGAAUGGUCUCCUCUUGCUGUCAACCAACAAGCGCAACAGUGGACCCUCCAAUGGUCUCUUGGCGAGCAAACCAACCGUCACAACUCCUCUCCCUUCUUUGGGCCUCCAGUAUGAGAGCUCCACCUCGACACACGAUGUUUUGCUAGGAGCCGUUGUAGGAGCAGCUGCCUCUCGGGCCGAACAGACGCCGGAUGCCUGGGGAGUCGCUGCCGCUGCCACUGCCAACACUCAAAACAACAACAACAACAGCAACGUGCUAAACAACAACGACAACACUAGCCCUCCUGUCAUGGACCCUCUGCCAAAGCAAGUACACUCUCCCGCCCCGAGUCUAGAACGACCCACUGAAGCGCCUACGUCGCGAGCUCGCGAAGAAGAACAAUAUGUAGCCCCGUCGUCGAAUUGGGAUGAGUACGGUGGAAGAGGAGCGAAUGCUUCUCGGGGUUUGGUCAGCACGGACCACCCGCCUUCGGUAGUCCAUGCUCACGGAAACGCCAACAACAAUUACCAUCACGAGGAUCAAAAUGUACUGGACUCUCAACAAGCCUACAUGGCGAAAUUAGCUAGAGAAAGAGCCGAACGAAGACGCCAAGAAGAGGCAGCUCGUAGCAGGGAGCAAAGCGAGAAAGCAGCCAUGCGAUUGCGCGCGUUGGAAUCGAAAAUUGAUGGCGACGAUCACCACAUUAAUAAGAAGGGGGUGGUCCUGGAGCCAUUGAGCAACAACGGUAACGCAGCCAACAGCAACAAUCACAACAGUACUCCCGCAGUACCGUCUCGACCAGUGCAGCGAACCCUCUACGAUCCCAAUCAGGGCUCCAACCGAACCUACAGCUCAUUUCUCGGUGGUGGAGCCAAUGGCGUCAAAGACCACGGAAAACACCAGUCCAAUGGGAACAGCGCAGCGGCGUCAGUCGGUUCCGACCAAAGGUCGCUAGGACGUGGCAACGGUGACCUUUCUCCUCGGAAUGCAACAACUCCGGGUGCGUACAAUGGACCUGUCAUUCAUUUGAACAGCUACGAGGAUCGCGACAGAGGAGAAGCGCCUCGGGCUGCUGCUCCCCGCAUGUUAUUUGAUCCCAAGAGCGGCUCGAUGGUCGCUGUCCCUAGCCGUGAUGAGAAUGCUCGUGGCGGAAAAAACUCCAACAAGGGACGUGGCAAAGGACGCGGAAAACAGGCGGACGACGACAACGGAAACGCACGCGGCAACAAGCAAUCGAAAGGAAAGAAUGGAAAGAAGGGCAAGGCUGUAGGCAAGAACUCUUCCACCAAAGCAUCCAAAGGUCACCCAAAUGCAGAGCGCAAGCUCCCACGAACUCGUGGUGUUUUGUACGCUCGUGACGACAAGGGAAAUUGCUACUGCGCCGAUGGAUGUGACGGAGACCUUGGCUAUGGUGCCCACAGUGUCCCUGGAGGACGUGUCCGUAAUCCCGAUGCCCAUGCCACAUUCCUAGAACAGCAACAGCAAAUGUACCAGGAACAAGCCUCGCCUUCUGCCGAACACCAGCAACGGUCCUUAUCUUCUGAUCGCUACGACGCCUACGACGGUUUCAAUCCUUACGAUUCCAACGAAGACUUGGGAGUGAAUUACGACUACGACACGGGAUACUCAAUGGAAGACCCUUAUGUGCCGGAGGAAGAGGAAAAGCAACCAGAGUUGGAAUGGGUCAAGCCAAACGAAAAGAUCGAAUUGGUCACGGGUAUGGAUGAAGAGUCGCCAACCUUGCAGGCAACCGCCAGAGAAUGGGCGCCUAGUCAAGCUGCAUUGGCUGCCGCUGCUCAAGCCGCAACCAUGCCGUCGCUGGGAAGCCAAGACAUGGACGACGAGGAUGAUAUGAGCUCGCCAGGCCUCCAGCCAAGCCUUGAACCUCGGGAACACACGGCUUCCGCUUCUAAGGUCUUGAUGAACAUUAACAUGAGCGAGGAUGAGGAUGACGACGACGAUGUACCGGAUUUCAUGGGACUUGGGUUUGACCCGACGCAGACCAUGGAUGCUGUGAUCCAGUCGCCAUCUGCCAAGAUCGACGCCACUACAAACCAGCUCAACGGCGUAGACUUUGCGGCUCUCUCGCUGGAUCCACCACUCUGCGGUAUCGCGGCAAACAACCACAACCAUAUCUUCGCCUUUGGGUCGUCUGCGACUUGGGGGACUGGUGGCGAUUCCAAUGAUUGGGGCACCCCAAUGCUUCCGGGAUCAUCCAAUGCUGGAACUAUUUCGGCAAGCCGCCUGUUUGGUGGAGUCCUGGGCACCACAGAUGAAGGACCUGCUUUAGGCGAUGAUAAUGACGACGAUGCCUUCAUCUCUUUGACAACCGGCAUUCCCGGGUUACUUGCAGGAGGGGCGGAAGACAGCAGUCUCACGGGUGAGCACAAGUUGGUAGGAGGUGAUUAG